AUGGCGUUGAAGCAGUGCAGCAUGUGCGACCGGACCUUCACCAAGCUGGAGCACGUCAAGAGACACGAGAGGUCGCACACACGUGAACGACCGUAUGAAUGCCCGACAUGCAAGAAACAUUUCUCUCGAAGUGACGUUCUCUUUCGCCAUUGCAAAGGACAUGCACAAACCGCCUUGAACCGAGCGAGGAGCAACGAACAACAAAAUCAAGAGCAGGACUACCACCACAACACCCUCGACGACUCUCAGGACUCUGGACCGGCACCUUCGCGCAAAGGAACAGGCCAAACCCCAGCAGGAACUCCGCAGAUUCGGGAAGAUACCCAGUUCUCGCCGAUGGAUCAUAGAAGAGACUCUCAAGUCCCACAAAUCAACGUUGCCGGCCAAUAUAAUCCACACGUCUCUCCCGCUUCGCAUACUCGCCAAUCGUCCAAACUACAACCACCAACUCCUGGGGAAGAUCGAAUAGAAGCGCUCAUCAACGCGGCGCAGCAACUCGAACCUUCGGACACGCCAUGGCGCUCACCAUCGCCUAUGAUCAUUGGCCGUGCAGAGACACAUCAGCCUGCGAACCGGCAUAAUCAUGAGAAUAUGGGACCUCCCAUUGAUCCUACAAUGGACGUAUUGAAUUUUUCGCCCGCUGGAAUCGAUCAGUGGGCAUUUGAGCUGGUCCAAAGCAACAAUCCUGUAGCAAAUCGAACCCCAGCGGAUGCCCUACAAACUUGGCUCUUCCCGCUGGAAGGCGAUAUGCAGACACCACAUGGCGCGCAACACCUAGGAGUUGACGGUUUCUUCGACCCCAAUUUCUCCCGUGCAGGACCGGAAAACGAGCCUAGCCCAUCUGGAAGCAGCGUAUCAAUAGCAAGCAGAGUACCGCGAGAAAGGUUCCAGCGGGUACAAAGCUGCUGGCCGUCAAGGAGCCAGAAGACUUCGAAACUGAUGCCGGAUCUGUGGCAAAAUCUGAUCAUGGCCGAUUGCGCAAACAUCCUGUCAGAGCUCCCCAGUAGGGCCUCAGAGGCACCGAUGAGUGAAAAAGCACGGAAAAACUCGCGAUGGGGGGUUGACGAGGAAUGCAGGAGUGUGCUCCAAAGCGCAAUGAACAACAUACCGCAAAUACUACCAACGAGAUCUGAAUCUUACGGCGACACAGCUUCAUCCAGUGGGGAAGCUGUGGGUAGUCCGAGCGCGGACGGAGUUCAAUUCCCGCCAGCUGAAAUAUUAGACAUUGCGCUAGAGAUGUAUCUCUACUACUUUCACCCUACUUUACCCAUCAUACACAUUCCAUCGUUCUCAGCGAAGAACGCUCCAAGAUCACUAUUGCUCUGCAUGUGUCUAAUCGGACUGAGCAUAUUGGGCACAGCCGGCGCAGCCAAAUUUGUCGCACGGACAUUCCCAGCUGUACUCCAACUUGCGCUCACAGAGUUACAAUCAUUAUCAGCAACAGAUCAUCCACCCCAUCGACAAAUGCGCAUCAUAGCUACGGGAUUACUUGCUCUUAGCCUGGCAUCCAUCACAGGGCGCAAGAGUCGCAUUGCACAGGCGGAUAAGCUGUACGCAGAGCUAAUGACGGUCGCGCAAACCCAAGGGCUACUGUCCGUCAACGAGACCACACAGAUCGAUACACUUCUAGAUGAAAUUAUCGAUAUCGAAUCGAAAUGGCGAGCCUGGUCGAAAAUCGAAUGUGCAAAACGUAUCAUCUUCGGCAUCGUCGAAGCCGACUGCUGGUGGGCGGGCUACCUGUCGACUUCCCCUAUGAUUCGCCCCGAAACUGUGCAGAUACUACCCCCUUCGGACUACAGUCUCUAUCAUGUCAACUCUGCCACUAAAUGGGCUCAUCUCGUACACCGAGGCACACGCGUCUACUCUACCAAGAUCACUCCAUCAUUCCAUCCCACACCCGGUUUAAAGUUCGAUCCGAGCAGCUUUCGCAGCCUACUAACACUCUUGUUACUACGAAUCUACGAAUCAAAUGACAGACUCGCAAGUGCCACAGGCCCAGAAAAGCAGUUGGAGCCAUGGCGAAUAUAUGCUGAAGACGCGCGAAGCCGCGAUAUCCUACCACUCCUCGUCAACUUGUCGUCCUCGUCUAUCGAUGCACUAAGAACCGCCGAUUUGAACUCGGCUGUCCUAUGGCAUGCAUCCUGUAUGUUCCUGGGAGCCAAUAUGCGAUACUUUGAACUUGCAGCAGGCCGCGCUGGUCCUGAACCAGCUGUCAACGCUCUCGAAGAUAUCUCGUCAUGGUCGCAAACGCCUUCUGCCCGUCGUGCCGUGCUCCACGCUGCACACAUCUACAAACUACUUUUCGACCGCAAAGUCAGCGACAUUGUGAACCCACAUAGCGUCGUCGCUCUCUUCCAUGCUGCCCUCGUCUUGGGCCUAUACAUCUUUACGCUCCCUCCAUUAUCACCUGAUCUAACCAACGGUCAUUCCAACGAACUCUGCCUUAACAUGGCUGACACACCAUGUGUCGAACUUCUCGAUCUUGUCGACUGGAUAUCAGUUGGCCAGCAAGGUUUCACAUCACAUGCCGCUCCAACCUCACCCAUCUACUCUUCCGCCGCCUGCUCAUCUCCUGCCACUGCUGCAGUGCUUACAUUCAUCAAUCGUGGAGGUAACUUCAGCAUCACCGGCAUCGCGCUUGAAGCAGGUUACCUCGCUGCUCGGCGUACCUUGUUGCACUGCGCGGACCUCAUGGAGGGCAUGGGACGCUGGAAGAGCAGGACUUUCAGUCAAAUAUUGCAUAUUAUGAGCGAUGAUCUAACAUAUCAUGACAAUACAGGGGAUGAGGAAGAUGACAGUGGCGGGACGGGGGAUGGUAUGGAGGAUGGAGGGUGA